UCUCUAACAUAAAUUGGGAGCACAUCAUCACAGCCCUCCCUCGUCCCAUUUUGUUGGCAACCCAACCUAUGGCUUCCAUUUUAACAGCCGGCCUGGGGAUUCUAACGGCGGACGAGAAGCCGCCGUUGAACGGGGCUACCCCAGUGGCUCUGUGGGUGUGGAAUUUGGCUGUGAUUACUCGAGUGGAUAGGGUAGUCUGGAGUGGAAUGUGAUUGGGGUUUGUUGUAGAGCCGCUGCCAUUUUGGGGGGGAGAGAGAGAGGAGGAGGUCUGGGAUUCUCUGAGUAUGAAAGAAGAGGGAGGGGAGAAAGCCAGGGGUAAAGUUUGGGGAAUUUGAAUUUGUAGAAGGGGCAAUAUGGUCAUUACGACAAUAGCCUUUUUAAGGGAAAAGUGGAACGGAGGUUAUUUUUUGGUACUGUUCAUUAUCGAAAAGAGAACUUUUGAAAAAAGAAGCCAAUCUGGAACGGUCUCUAAUUUCUUCAGCAUAUAUAAUCAAUGCACGUACGUUGUUUUUCUUUAGGCUUAUCUCUAGCUACCGAGUCCGUGUUGCAGUUGGGCAAACUUAUUUUUGGAAAAACAUAUAGUAGUACUCAAAAUGUUCAACAUGAAAUUGUUGAAGAGAAAGCAAAAGAGAGGACGCGGUGGGAGAGAGAGUACUGAGAUUGAGUCUAGGAAGAAGGAGAAAAAGCAAGAGGAAAGGAGAGAGUAUAAAGGGCCAGAAAGAAAGAUAAAGGAUAGGGAGAAAGAGGAGAAAGAGUAUUGGGAGAAACAGGAGAUAGAGAUACUAUGGGAGCUAGAGAAAAAAAGAUAUAUGAAGGGAGAGAUAGAGCCAGAGGAGAAAGAGAGAGAGAAAAAGGAGAAAAAGAAAGAGGGAGAGAUAGAGAGAGGGGAUAUGGAGAAACAACUCUUUGAUGCAGCAAUGAGAGGGGAUAUAGAGUCACUGCGCAGUAUAAUUGAUAGCGAUGAUUACAUUCUGGAUAGAGUGCCGAUGGGAGAUUUCAAAGAGAAAAAUCCUCUUCACGUGGCUAUAUCAACAAGGAGAAAAGAAUGUGUCGACCUACUUUUAAAAAAGCAACCAGAUCUUGCUGAAGUUUUAGAUCCUGAACUAGGUGUGGCCCUUCACAUAGCAUCCGCUAAGGGGCACCUAGAAAUUGUGGAACUUUUACUAAAGGUUAGCCCUGCAAUGUGCCUGGCUCGUGAUAGUCAUGGUAAUAACCCUCUUCAUAUUGCUGCCAUGAAAGGUAAGGACUACGUAUUGAGAAAGUUGGUUGAAACCAACCCCUUUGCAGCUCGAGUUAGGGUGGAUAAAGGCGACACCAUUUUGCACUUGUGCGUAAACUAUAACAGGGCUACGAGUUUGGAACUACUACUAGACAUGAUAAGAGAUCAAGAAUUUGUCAAUUCUGUUGACACUGAUGGAAACAACAUAUUGCAUCUGGCUGUUCUAGGUAGGCAAUUUGAGAUUGUCGCACUCGUGCUUUACAACACUAAAAUAGAUGUCAAUGCAAGAAAUAAAAGUGGAUCGACUGCGCUGGAUAUUCAUUACAUAGUGACAAAUCGUGAAGAUACGGAACAAGUGUUUCUUGAAAGCCAUGUCUUACAAGAUAAAAAAGCGGCUGAAAGAAUCGAAUUCCUCCUACAUAAAGCUGGGGCUAAAAGACGCGGAGAACUUUUUUUACCGUAUCAGCCUUCAUGGCAGAAGAACAAAAACGAGACAUUAUUGAUCGUAUCAUCACUGAUUGCAACAAUGGCAUUUCAAGUUGGGUUGAACCCUCCGGGCAGUGUUUGGCAAGACAAUUCAGUAUACGAGGCCGGGAAAUCUAUAACUGCUUACCACUAUCCGUUUUGGUAUCCUAUCUUAAUGUAUGUCAACACGGCCGGAUUCCUUCUAUCUUUGACUACAAUCUUACUACUGAUUAUGGCUUUGCCUGCGGAAGGCAAGGUUUUUGGGGCAAUUCGAUCUUUUGCCUCCUGGUUAACGAUCAUGGCCACGGCGUUCGUUUAUACAUUUUGCAUCACUGUUGUCACACCAAACGUGAAGCAGUCCGCAAGCUAUGCCAUUGUGUAUUUGGUUAUGACAUGGGCCUGUAUGAUAUCGCUUUACCUCCUAAAGUACACCCGUCAAUCGAUAAGAAGUUUAAUGGAAGAGCGAGUGAAUCAAAAGAAAAACAGGGAAAGGAUCACGUGGACGAGACCACCAAAACAACUUUCAAUUAAAGUUGUCGGAAGGGAAGAUGAAGCUGGCUUAAGCACAAAUGUUGAAGCCAGCGCAAGCGGGUCCAAUGAAGCUGGCGGAAGCGGGUCCACUAGUCUUGUUAAACGAGAAGGGAAGCAAAAGGAGGCCAUGGAGCCAAAUGUUGAAGCCGGCACAAGCGGGUACAAUGAAGCCGGCGGAAGCGGAUCCAGUAGUCUUAUUCAACCUCAAAGGAAGCAAAAGGAGGCCAUGGAGACGUUGCCGGGGAUGAUACAACCAAGCCCAGUUUCAGUGGAAGCUAGCGGAAGCAAAAAAAUUGAAGCUGGCGGAAGCAUAGAAGUCAAAGUUGGGGAAAGCGGGUCCAACGAAGAUGGCGAAAGCAUUAUCGAGUUCUCACGGAAGAGACAACCAAGACCAUUUCCAAUUGAAGUUGGCGGAAGCAAAAAAAUUGAAGCUGGAGGAAGCGAGUCUGACGAAGUUGGCAGAAGCAAAGAAAUUGAAGUUGGCGGAAGCAAGUCCGAUGAAGCUGGCAUAAGCAAAGAAAUUGAAGUUGCCGUAAGCGAUGAAAUUGAAGCUGACAGAAGCGGGUCUGAUGAAGCUGGCAUAACCAAAGAAAUUGAAGGUGGUGGAAGCAAAGAAAUUGAAGCUGUCAGAAGCAGGUCCGAUGAAGCUGACAUAAGCAAAAAAAUAGAAGCUGGCAGAAGUGAGUCCGAUGAAGCUGGCGGAAGCGAAGAAAUUGAAGUUAGGGGAAGCGAAGAAAUUGAAGCUGGUGGAAGCAACAAAAUUGAAGUUUGCGGAAGCAAAGAAAUUGAAGCUGGCAGAAGCGAAUGUACUGAAGUUUAGCGGAACCGAUGAAAUUGAAGCUGGCAAAAGCCGGUCCAAAGUUUGAUUGAUCUUUUCAUGCUCAUGGUGUGAAUUUCAUUCUCUAGAAGUGCAACAGUAGACACUUCCUUUUGUGUGUGUGUGUGUUGAUUUCAUAACCAGAUAUGCUCAUGGAUAAUCUCAUUUGUUUUCAUAACAGUAGGCAUCAUCUCAAUGAAAUACGUGUACG